AUGGGCACAGCAAUCUUCAACCUCACCAUGCGUUUGUUGGUGCGGCUGGCCUACGAGGAGUUCGGCACGUUGUCGCUGAAGCUCGGGCAGGAGGAGUUGCCUCCGCUCCGGCACACUUGCGCGCUGGCAACGGCCCUGACUGCCUUGCCGCGAUCAGUCGUCAAAAGCCGAAUCCGCGUCAUGUGGAUGCAGCAGCUCGAGGAGCUUGCCCAGCAGGACGAACCCCACACUUGCCGGCCCUUAGACUUGGAGCAGGCUGUUCAACAGUUGAGCAACAUGGCAGAAGAGGACGCCGUAGCGGUGAUCCGACAUGUUUCACUACUGUGUGAAGAGAAGGCGCAGGACUACGUAGAGCUGUGA